AGAGGGGCGGAACCUCCUCAAGGACUGCCCAUAUCUUCCCGGACUGCUCAGAUCAAUGGAGACAGCGGGGCGAUUCCGGCUCAGCCUGGGGCCGAUUCAAACUGAGAGGGGCGGGGAUUGGCUGAGCCGGGCCGAAGAGAGGAGAUCACGCCGCUAUAGGCAGAAGUUAUAUGAUGGGCAGGAGGAAGGCCCCGUGUCCAGUUUCCAUUGAGUAACUCUGUUUAGACUUCGGAAUCGUAAGGAUGGGAGGAGAGGUCGUGUACGAAGAGGUCGUAUUCUUCGGUGGGGAAAUAGGAGUUGUGUGAGGGGUAAUCGUGAGCUGAAGCUCAAACUCGUUUGCGCUCCCGGGUGGAAUUAAAAAUUAGUUGGCUAACGGCUCAAGCCGAAAGCACCAGGGAUCAUCAGGAGGCCAGGCGUUGAUCAUUUAAUUCCCUAUACCACCAAUAAAGUAAAUGAAUUUAAUAGCGUGAUAGUAAUACCGAUGAUUGAACGACAACGAUUUUUCACUGGAAAUUAAUAAAGACUCAGUGGGCGGAGCGCUCUGCGGCGAAAGACACACCUUUAGACCAACAAUGAGGCCAAUUCCAGUAAGUGGGCGUGCUCUGCAGCUGAGUGACAGAUCACAAGAACCAGUGAGCGACUUGAUGUUGGGUCGCGACCAACUGGGAGGGCGGGUUCUCCUGGAGAAGCGCUGGGAGGCGGGAAGAGGGGAAGUGGGCGGAUCUCCGCACACCCCGGCGGAAGAGGCAGAUUCAGGAAGCCAUUACGCAGCUGGCUGGCAGCGGCUGGGCAGGUCGGCGCUGGGCCCUACGCACUUUGCGUAACAAGGGGGGUUACCAAAGACCUGGAGCUUGGCCUUGGGCAAGCCCAGCCUAUCUCAUGUUGGGGGGUGGGUGAGCGGCGAGGCUGUGGAAGAAGAGAAGGGGAAUUGGGCGGUUGAAGGGAUUAUAAUUUCUUCAGAAAGAAGGGGUAGGGGAGAGGCCAUGGCUGUCCCAGCCAAGAAGAGGAAGAUGAACUUCUCUGAGCGAGAGGUGGAGAUCAUCGUGGAGGAGCUGGAACUGAAGAAGCACCUGCUGGUGAACCACUUCAACGCCGGGGUCCCUCUGGCUGCCAAGAGCGCGGCCUGGCACAGCAUCCUGAGAAGGGUUAACGCUGUGGCCACCUGCCGCAGAGAGCUGCCCGAGGUCAAGAAGAAGUGGUCUGACCUCAAGACCGAGGUCCGUCGCAAGGUUGCCCAGGUCCGGGCAGCUGUGGAGGGUGGUGAGGCCCCAGGGCCCACUGAGGAAGAUGCAGCUGGUGGGCCAGGGACAGGUGGUAGCAGUAGUGGCGGUGGCCCAGCUGUAGCCCCGGUACUGCUCACCCCCAUGCAACAGCGCAUCUGCAAUCUGCUGGGCGAGGCCACCAUCAUCAGCCUGCCCAGUACCACAGAGAUCCACCCCGUGGCCCUCGGACCCCCGGCUACUGCAGCCGCAGCCACGGUCACCCUGACACAGAUCCCCACGGAGACCACCUAUCACACGCUGGAAGAGGGGGUGGUGGAGUACUGCACGGCGGAGGCCCCCCCGCCCCUGCCGGCGGAGGCCCCCGUGGAGAUGAUCACCCAGCACGCCGACCCCUCAGUCAAGCCGCAGGCGCUCAAGAGCCGCAUCGCCCUCAACUCGGCCAAGCUGAUCCAGGAGCAGCGCGUCACCAACCUGCACGUGAAGGAGAUCGCCCAGCACCUGGAGCAGCAGAACGACCUGCUGCAGAUGAUCCGCCGAUCGCAGGAGGUGCAGGCCUGCGCCCAGGAGCGCCAGGCCCAGGCCAUGGAGGGCACCCAGGCGGCCCUGAGCGUCCUCAUCCAGGUCCUCCGGCCCAUGAUCAAGGACUUCCGCCGCUACCUGCAGAGCAACACGCCCAACCCUGCCCCCGCCUCGGACCCUGGACAGAUGGCCCAGAAUGGGCAGCCAGACAGCAUCAUCCAGUGAGGGCAGGCUUUGAGCUAGCCUUCUGCUCCGAUGGGAUGACGUGGCCGUGGUCUUGUAAGCGGGUCCUGUGACUGGCCUUCGGCUGGGGCCGGCCGCAUGGACUGCUCCCUCUGUAAUAGACAUGGAGGAGCUCCGCUGUUUUCGAGAAAGAGAGGAGACUGGGAAGAGGGGCUUGCUGGGGUCCUGGGACCCAAGCCCUCUAACCCCCACAGUUCCGGCCGCCUUGUCAAGAACCCGAAGACUGGUCAGGCGCUGGCGAUGGGACACGUGUUGUUGUGAGCCAGGGCUUGUGACAGGACCCAGCCUCAGUCAGGACACUCGUAAGGAAGGCUGUCAUUGGGGCAUCGUCACGCAGCCACACAGCAAGGGGAGGGGUGUCUGGGCUGAAUGCCCCACCCCCAAGUGCCAUCUCUUGAGUAAGAUGACAUCAGCGGCGCUGGCAGCAGCGUGGUGGCAUCUCCUUCCUCCCGUGGGAGGCGGGGUGACUGGGCCUGUGGAGAAACCCCGCCCGUACCCCUCACUGCGCCUCCGUUCUCAGGGGACUCUACUCAGUGCCCGUGCCCUUUCCUCCUCACCCCGUGCGCGGCAGGGGCCCUUGGUGCUGCCCGGGGCUGCCCCCGCGAUACACCGAGGAUGUGGCCCGCCGGGCGCAGGGGUGCCGUGCGUGGCGGGGCAGGCUUGGCUGCCACCUGGUCUUCCACUGCGUCCCCGGGCAGCCCUUGCGUGGCUUGUCCCGUCAGCUUUUGACUCAGGUCAAGCAUCGGGCUUUGGGUGCUGUACAUUUUAGAGGAAGCAAGCCAGUGUGGACACUCGUUGCCCCACUGCGGGGGUCCGUGGCGACCUGUGGGCCCCUUCCAGAAGCCUCGCUUCAAGCCACUUGUAUUUAUUCUGCCCACGAACGCCUCCUGGGAAGGCCUCCAGGUUCUCCGAGGGCCACUCGGGCCACGUCCUUCCUCCUUUCUUCUCUACUGACUGCACACUUCCAAAUCUGAAGGAAAAAAAAAAAAAAGCCUGCUCUGCAUCACACUGGACAACGUUCACACAUCAUUCGGAGUCUUAUGCCC